AUGAAUACUGAAGGAUCAUCUAGUAAAGGUGGAAGCAGGACAGGAAGAAAAUUGGUCGCUCUUACUAAUAUUAAAAAAAAGGAAUUAUGUGAAUAUAAAAUUGCUAAUCCAACUAAAACAAAUGAACAAAUUAGAAAUGAAUUUGGAAUUAGUAAAUCAACAGUAGGGGAUAUUCUUAGGGAAAAAGCUACAAAUAAUUUAAUACAACAUCAUCAGUUCCACUCUUCUAGAUCAGCAAAUACAGUUUUUAAUAACAAUAACAAUUGA